AUGGCCCGACUCAAUGACGAGUACUUAAAGUACCUUUCAAGAUAUCCGCUUUUAACUAAAUCAAUAACUGCUGGUAUACUUGCCGCACUCAAUGAAUCCAUAGCUUCGCUAGUAACCAAAGACAUAAAGACCCAAAAAAUCACGGUAAGAAAUCGUACAAUACAGUUGAAACAUGUUUUCAGUCCCAAGAUCCUCACCAUGAUAGUGUAUGGGAGUUUAAUUGUUACUCCAAUAUCUCAUGUUAUGUAUGGGUUCAUCAAUAAGAUAUUCAAGGGACCAAAUUUAUCAAAGACAAAGAAGAUUGGCCAAAUCUUAACUUCCUUGUCAACUGUAACCCCAGCAUUAGGAGCGAUCUACGUUAGCUGGUUAUCGAUCAUUAAUAAUUACGAAACUUGGAGUCAAGAUAUCAAAAAGAUACCCCUGGUAGUUAAACAAGGAUUGAAACAAAGUUACUUCACCAUAUUGAAAACUUCAGUCAUGACAUCUUUAGUGUCAUUAACAAUUGCACAGAAUUUCAUUGAUCCAGAACUCUGGGUGGUAUUUUUCAACUUUGUCUACUUCAUAAUUGGAACUUUCCAAAACAUCAAGGUCAAAAAGGCUCAACAACUGAAACAAGAGAAGAAAGAUUAG